AUGCAUUGUCAACCAGCAUUCCUGUCUCCAAAUCUGCUGCCCCUCAUUAGACACCCAGGCCAGCAGUACUUUGUGGCAUGUGGGCUCAAUGAUGAAAUUUGUGAUGAAAAACUGGAAGCCAUCUGUUUCAUGGUGCUGCAGAAAUGGGAUGCAUGCCGAAGCGGCAUCCAGGCACCUGCUAAUGUGUCCAGGUCUCUGGGUAAAAACAGCAACAGAGAAGGCAUGAGGACCAAGAGCUCCGAGAAGUCUUCCAUUGAUGAUCACAAUGUCCGUGUAGCCCCUGAAGAUGUCAGAGAGAGUAAUUGUCCACCUCUUGGUCUGGAAACCUUAAAGAUCACAGACUUCCAGCUCCACGCCUCCCUUGCCAAGCGCUAUGGCUUGGGAGCACAUCGAGGGAGACUCAACAUCCAGGCAGGUAUUAAUGAUUUUUAUGAUGGAGCAUGGUGUGCGGGAAGGAGUGAUCUCCACCAGUGAAUCGAAGUGGACACUCAGCACGCCAAAUUCACAGGUGUCAUCACUCAAGGAAGGAACUCGCUCUGGCUGAGUGACUGGGUGAUGUCCUACAAGGUCUUGGUGAGCAAUGACAGCCAUACAUGGGUCACUGUUAAGAACAUAUCUGGAGACAUGAUAUUUGAAGGAAACAGUGAAAAGGAGAGCCCUGUUCUCAAUGAGCUGCCUGUUCCCAUGGUGGCCCACUACAUUCGCAUAAACCUGCAGCCCUGGUUUAAUAACAGCAGCAUCUGUAUGAGAAUGGAGAUCCUAGGCUGCCCAUUGCCAGAUCCUAAUAAUUAUUAUCACUGGCAGAAUGAAAUGACUACCACUGAUGACCUGGAUUCUAAGCACCACAGCUAUAAGGAAAUGCGCCAGUUGAUGAAGGUUGUGAACCAAAUGUGCCCCAAUAUCACCAGAAUUUACAACAUUGGAAAAAGUCACCAGGGCCUGAAACUGUAUGCCAUGGAGAUUUCUGACCACCCUGGGGAGCAUGAAGUUGGGAAGCCCAAGUUCCACUACAUCACAGGGGCUGAUGGCAACGAAGUGCUGGGCCGUGAGCUGCUGUUGCUGCCGCUGCAGUUUCUGUGCCAGAAGUACUUGGCCUGCAAUGUGCACAUCGUACGCCUGGUGGAGGAGAUGCAGAUUCACAUUCUACCUUCCCUCAACCCCAACAACUAUGAGAAGGCCUACAAAGGGGGCUCAGAGCUGGGGGGUUGGUCCCUGGGAUGCUGGACUCAUGACGAGAUUGACAUCAAUAACAACUUUCCUGAUUUAAACAGCCUUCUGUCUGAAAAUGCCACAGUGGCUGUGGAGACUAGAGCCAUCACAGCCUGGAUGGAAAAUCCCUUUGUGCUGGGCGGCAACCCAGGGGGUGAGCUGAUGGUUGCCUACCCCUACGACCUGGUCCCGUCCCUGUGGAAGACCCAGAAACACACCCCCACACCCGACGACCACGUGUUCCGCUGGCUGGCCUACUCCUAUGCCUCCACGCACCGUCUCAUGACCGACGCCCUGCAGAGAGUGUGCCACACAGAGGACUUCCAAAAGGAGAAGGGCACUGUCAACGGGGCCUCCUGGCACACUGUCACAGGAAGUCUGAACGAUUUCAGCUACCUUCACACAAACUGUUUCGAGCUGUCCAUCUAUGUGGGCUGUGAUAAAUACCCGCAUGAGAGCCAGCUGCCUGAGGAAUGGAAGAAUAACUGGGAAUCUCUGUUUGUGUUCAUGGAACAGGUACAGUGUGAUUUGGACAAGGACAUCAUGCUGGAAGAAAACAUUUUCCUAAGGGAGUUCCUGGAGAUCUGGCUGUGGAUCAUCGAUGAGUUCAGGGAAGCACCGAAGAAUGGAGACCAGCCACAGAAACAGCUUCUCCAGGUCUCUGGGUGCCUGUCAGAAGACUUACACUGGGUCCACGAUGGCAAUGUGGGCUGGGAUGUGAAGAAACAGAUGCGAGAAGGCAAGGAGCUUCUGAUGGGGAGGGCGCGAGUAGAGGUGCGGAGGCUGGAAGAAGGACUCCUCACUUCUCUUUCUCCUCACAGCCCCUCCCCUUCUGCUUAG